GCUACAAUCAAUCAUCAAAUAUGCAGUCCAACAAGGUUUUCUUCGUGUUCUUUGGUAUCAUCGCCAUGGUGAUCGCCGCCAGCCUCUCCUCGGAUGUUGUGGACAAGGGUGAUGAUGUGAUCAGCGAUCGUCGUUUCCGUUGGGAAUUCUCGCAAGAUUCCGAUGAGUCUGCCAACGACUUGCAGGAGGAUGAUGAAGAUGAUGAUGAGGAUGCCGCGAAUGAUGACAGCGCAUCCGAAGAAAUUUUGAUCAUCGAGUAUCCUGAAGGCUACGAAAGCGGCUCCAAUGAAAGCGCCUCCGAUGAAAGCGUCUCCGAGGAAAGCGCCUCCAAUGAAUCUUAAUCAUUUAGUUAACAGUUUUUGUAAUGUUUGUUUUUAUAAAUAGUAUUUGUUGUUAUGGCGAAAAGUUUUAAAUACAUAAGAUAUUUGCGAACGUAAUCUGAUUUUCUACUUCCCCCCAAAAGAUACCGAUACUCAUGAAGCAUGCCCCAUAAUAGUUAUAUUUUAGCGAUGAUUACAACGAUGUUUUGUAUAAUUAAUUUUAUUUAACAUAAU